AUGAGUCGAAAGCUCAUAAGCCAGUUCAAGGUGUUUUCUGCACUUGUUGGACGUGAGAAGAAUAGCACUACUGCUUCAUCAUCAUCAAAACCAAUGGUCAGCACAUGUUCAACCAUUCUGAUUGCAGGACAGUUGUUUAAACCUCUGAAACCCAUCAUGGAUGAGACGAGUAAAAUCAUUUGGCUGUGCGAAAAUGAUCGGCACGAAUUCACUGUGAUCAAAAUUAUUCAUGUUGAAGAGUUGGAUCAAUACGAGUCAGGAGAAGCGAAUGAAGAGCUCUUGGAAUUGUAUAAAAAGAUAUUUACUUCCCAUGUGCUUCAUAUCCGAACUGAGAUUAUUGGUAAUGAAAUUGUGGUCAUUUCGCCAUACUAUGGAGAGAACUUACAAGAAUACAGGGAUCGAUUAAGAGAGAGGUUCGUCCAUGAUGGUGAAAAUGUUGUUCCUGAAGCCUCGACAGUAUUACAGAUCAUUCACCAAUGUUCAGUAGCUUUGAAGUCUUUACAUGAUCGUUAUCUCAUACAUCGUGAUGUCAAACAAACAAAUAUCUUCAUAACAGAUUCGAAUGGUUAUGUGAAUGUUGUUGUUGGAGAUAUGGAUAUGGUAAAGAAUGUGGUGGAGGUUAAUGAUGAAGACCUUGAAAAAUUGCGUGAAAAAUUGGGAAGUAACUCGUCUCUUUUUAACCGAAGUACCGAAUCGAUUGGUACUCCUGGAUUCAUUGCUCCUGAGCUGAUUUACGAAGAAAAGUUUUGUGCAAAGAGUGACAUUUGGAGUUUAGGGAUGACCAUGUUAAUGUUUAUAUUUAACAAACAAGAAACACUGGACAUUUCAAAGAAAGACCCAAGGAAAAUUAAUGACCAAUACUUAGAACUGCUCUUCAGUAGUCACCAACAUUUAGAUGAUCAAGACACAUGGAAUGACAUUCACCACCUGUUACGAAAAAUGUUAGAUAAUAAUACCGAAGAACGCUAUGAUGCAGACGAUAUUAUUACUUUCAUAUUUUCUGAGAAUUAUACCCAACAUAGUACUUCAACCCUAUUCUCGGGGUAUCUCUUCCUUAGAGAUUCAUUUAGAAACAACCACAAGAUUUCCUUGAUGGCGAUUGAAAAGAAUGGAUCAAUGUUGAGUGCUGCACCUCCAGAAUUUAAAGAAUCAAAAGAGGUUGUGUUAAAAGCUGUCACAGCCAAUCCUACUUCACUCCAAUAUGCAGCAGAACGAUUCAAAAACGAUAAAGACGUACUAAUGGCUGCUAUUGGUUCAGAAAAUGGUUGGAUGUUGCAAAUGGCCUCCAAGGACCUUUGUAACGAUUUUCAGCUCGUUCUUUGCGCUGUCGAAAAAACAGGUUGGGCUCUCCAGUUUACCAGUGAGGAAUUGAGAAGUAAUCGACAAAUUGUGGAAGCGGCUGUUCGUAAUUAUCCUCUCUCGCUUUCUUUUGCAUCACAGGAAUUGCAACAAGAAUUGAAAGAUCUUGUCUCUCAAUAUGACCCCCUGCAAAAUCUAAUUGAACAAAGAAAUGCAUUACAAACAGAUGAUCAUCGUCCUGAAUCAUGGUACUUCAACAAACAGGAAGUUUUCGACUGGGCCCAAAGUCCCAAUGUCGAUGCUGAAAUUAUUAGAAAUAUAUUCUCCAAAUACUAUUUUGACCUGGAGAUUAUGGUCGAACUUAUCAAAAAGAUUCAUUAUUCAACAAGCUUAUCUAUUGAGGAGAAGCAAGAUCUUUUACGUUUAGCUCCACAUGAAAAGGAAUUUUGGAUUCAAAUGGUCCAAAAUGAUGUUGUCACAUUUCAAUAUGUACCAGAGAAAUUAAGAAAUGAUCGAACGCUUGCACUCAUCGCAGUUAUUAAUUAUGGAAACAAUUUAGAAUUUGUUUCUCAAGAGUUAAAGAAAGACAAAGAAAUAGUACUUCAAUCACUUCGUUCGAACUUUGGUGCGUUUAUGUUUGCUUCUCCAGAAUGUCGUAAUGAUUUUGAAAUUGCCUCGACAGCUGUUGGUAGCUACGGAUUAUUACUGCAACAUUGUUCAGAAGAGCUUCAAAAUAAUAGAGAUCUCGUCUUGAAUGCUGUGCGAAAAGAUGCGAGAGCCAUUUAUUUUACCUCGCCACAGCUUCAUAUGGAUAAAGAGAUUGUAUUGACAGCCCUGUCAAAGGGUUUAGACUAUCUUCCCCCUGAACUUGCCAAUGACAUGGAAUUCAUUGAAAAAGCAGUUCAAACCAAUGGGUUGAUCUUGCAAUAUGUUUCUCAUGAUAUACAAGAGAAGCAAAAAGAAAUUACGAAAACUGCUGUAAAACAAUGUGGUCUGGCUAUUCAGUAUGCACCACUUUCCAUGAGAGAAAACAAAUCACUUGCUUUAAUUGCUGUUGAAAACAAUGGACAAGCUCUUCAGUUCUUGUCUGAAGAUUUGAGAAACGAUGAAGAGAUUUGUAUGAAAGCCGUGAGAAACGAUGGAGAUGCUUUACAAUUUUGUUCUUCCAUUCUUCAAAACAGAAAAGAUAUUGUCAUGACUGCAGUUACAAGCACUCCAAAAGUCCUUAGAUAUUGCCCAGAAGAGUUUCGAAAUGAUUAUGAGGUCGUUUUACAAGCGGUAAAAGUCGAUGGAAUGUUAUUGGAGUAUGCUUCGCAAGAAUUGCAAAACAAUAGCGACAUUGUUCAUGCAGCAGCAAAAUCUAAUGGAUAUUCUCUGAAAUAUGUAACAAAGGAGGAGGUGAAAUGUGACAGAGAAAUUCUUAUGGAUGCAGCCGCAAGUAAUCGAUUUACAUUAACACUCAUUCCAUCGUCAUGCACAUUUUACAAAUAUGAUCGAGAAUUUAUGUUGUACGUGGUAACAAGAAACGGAUUGGUUUUGGAAUAUGCCACCCCAGAUCUUCAAGAUGAUUUCGAGAUUGCCUUAGCUGCUGUGAAAGAAUCUGUCCAUGCUUUCGAGUACGUUUCAAAAAGAUUGAAAGGGGAUAGAGAAUUUAUUUGGCAUGCUGUCAGUAUGACUCGAUCAAUUGCAUUUUGUGGGGCCUCUGAGGAUCUUAGGAAAGAUAAAGAAUUGGUCUUGCAGGCUGUUAAAUUCAAUGGAAAUGCUCUUCAAUAUGCUCUGAAUGAUUUAAGAAAUGAUUUUGAAGUCGUACUUGAGUCCGUGAAAGAGUUUGGCUUUGCUCUGAGGUUUGCUUCUCCUGAAAUGAGAAACAACAAACAAAUUGUAUUGGAAGCGGUGAAAAGAACAGGAGAGGCUUUGCAAUAUGCUUCUAAGUCUUUGAGACAUGACAAGGAAAUUAUUUUGGAAGCACUAAAGGAAACAAGAAAAGCAGUCAACUUUAUUCCACAUUCUCUACUCUCCAACCUGCAUGACUAUUUACAAGAGUGUUCUGUUGACCAUGAAUCAAGAAUCUCUCUUGAGGUACAAAAAUUGACAUGA